AGGGAGGAGCGACCGACCGCCGGGGUGCAGUUGAGAGACGAGCUGAGCAUCACAGCCCCGCAUUCAAGGAAACGGACUAACACAGCAGUUUUUUUCCCCUCCUCUUUCUCUCUCCCUGCACUUCCCACGGUGAUUAUUGUUGUUGUUUUUUAUUUGCUUCCGUAAAGCGCAAGAGCUUCACGAUGUGAAAUAAUGAUAUUAUACAGGUAGAGCCCGAUGUGAGCAGGUUGUCCCCGAGGAGCGGGGAUUCUCUGGCCAGUCAAGGAAGACCCCCUCAAUUGUUUCCUGCGCCAAGAACUGUGAAGACAUGGUGACCAGGGCGCAUCUGUGCUCAAGACUCCCGUGAUCUAACCCGUUCUGUUGUAGCUCUGGCCGGAUGUUUAGGAUCACCGUCCCGCGACAAGAUGAGCAGCGGGCUGUGAGUGUGAGGAAGUCUCAGAGGAUGCCCCCGCUCCGCGGGCCCCAGUGCUGAGGAAGCUCCACAGGGCUUGACUGGUGGCCGCCAUGUCUCAGCACCACCAAUACCACCAGCGAGGCCUCCACGGCCGCACCAUGAGCUCUGAGGAGAGGAGCUCCACGCCAGUGAACAAGACCUCCGUGCCGGUUCAGAAGAGCGCCUCCUCCUCUUCCUCCUCCCAGCGAGACAGCCGGCAGGAGGCAGACAGCUGGGAAAUAAUCGAGGGACUGAAAAUCGGUCAGAGCAACGUCCAGAGGCCUGACAAACAUGAGGGUUUUAUGCUGAAGAAGAGGAAAUGGCCCCUGAAAGGAUGGCACAAGCGUUUUUUUGUUCUGGACAACGGUAUCCUGAAGUACUCCAAGACCCCUAUUGAUAUCCAGAGGGGAAAGCUUCAUGGCAGCAUCGACGUGGGCCUCUCCGUCAUGUCCAUCAAAAAGAGGGCGCGUCGCAUCGACCUGGACACCGAGGAGCACAUCUAUCACCUCAAGGUCAAGUCCCAAGACAUCUUUGACGCCUGGGUGUCGAAGCUGCGCCAUCACCGGCUGUAUCGACAGAACGAGAUCGUGCGCUCUCCCCGGGAGCCCACGAUGCGAACGUUUCCGCCCUCGGCUGCCAUAGAGUCACCCCAACCCUCCCAGAAUGUAGUAAAGGAAACAAAGCAGGCCAAGGCCAGCAGCUUGCCGUGGCAGCCGGCGGCUCCCAGCAGCAGCAGCAACAGCAGCCUGCAGGCGUCCUACAGCAACGGUCAGAGCAGGGUGGUCGCUUGGCUUCAGGAGUCCGAGGAGAUGGACAAGUGUGCAGAGGAGCUCGCACGCUGCCAGUCCAACCUGACUGAGUUAAGCCGGUUAUUGCAGAGCCUGGAGAUCCUGCAGAGGACACAGUCGGCGCCGAACUUCACAGACAUGCAGGCCAAUUGUGUAGAACUGUCAAAGAAAGAAAAGCGCUUGAACAGAAGAUGGAGAACAAAAAGUGUCGGCAAAGACGCGAAAUUCCAACUGCAGGUCCCUCUGUCUGCCAGCAUGUCCCCUGUCCGCCUCCACUCCUCCAACCCAAACCUGUGCGCUGAACUUGCGGACUAUCAGCCCCCGGUUUCUCGCCUGUCAGAUAGUGUGGAGUAUGCCAGCGACUACAUUAAGCUUCAGGAGGAAUUCUGCACCAUUGCCCAGAAAGUCCACUCUCUCCUGAAGUCGGCCUUCAACACUGUGGCCAUAGAGAAAGAGAAGAUCAAACAGAUUCUCUCGGAGCAGGAGCAGCCGGACCAGUCAUCGCAGAUCAUCUCUCUCAGGAAGUCUCUGUCGCUGGCCGUAGCCCAGAACGCAGAGCUUCGAAGCCGCCUCAACCGCAUCCACUCUGAAUCCAUCCUGACUGAUCAAGUUGUCAGCGUGAACAUCAUCGCCACGCCUGCUGAGGCCGUGGAGCAGAUGGGGAUCCCUCUGACUCAGCAGGCCUCUAAUGAAAGCCGGCUCUCCAUGUCGGAGUCCGUCUCCGAGUUCUUUGAUGCGCAGGAAGUGCUUCUGUCAGCCAGCUCAUCGGAGAACGAGGGCUCGGACGAUGAGUCAUACGUCAGCGACGUGAGCGAUAACAUUUCCGAGGACAACGCCAGCGUGACAGAUAACGUCUCCCGACAAAUGGCCAAUGGAGACUUUGCCGGCAGCGCCUUCCGUAACGGGCGGCGCAUCUGCCUCCCGGCUCCCUGCCCGGACACCGCCAACAUCAACCUGUGGAACAUCCUGAGGAACAACAUCGGCAAAGACCUGUCCAAGGUGUCCAUGCCCGUGGAGCUCAACGAGCCGCUCAACACGCUGCAGCGCAUGUGCGAGGAGCUGGAGUACAGCGAGCUGCUGGACAAGGCCGCGGAGACCGAGGACCCCUUUGAGCGCAUGGUCCUUGUUGCUGCUUUUGCCGUCUCGGGCUACUCCUCCACUUACUACAGAGCAGGAAGUAAGCCAUUCAACCCGCUGCUCGGCGAGACUUACGAAUGUAUCCGGGAAGACAAGGGCUUCUGCUUUUUCUCCGAGCAAGUGAGCCACCACCCCCCCAUCUCCGCCUGCCACUGCGAGUCCAAGAACUUCACCUUCUGGCAAGAUGUGAGAUGGAAAAACAAAUUCUGGGGAAAAUCUAUGGAAAUUUUACCAAUGGGAUCAGUGAAUCUCUUAAUUCCCAGGUUUGGAGAUCAUUAUGAAUGGAAUAAAGUCACCACCUGCGUACACAACAUCCUCAGUGGACAGCGGUGGAUCGAACAUUACGGGGAGAUCACCAUCAGAAACAUGAAGAGCAGCGUAUGCCUUUGCAAACUUACCUUUAUUAAGGGAAAUUACUGGAGCUCAAACGUGAACGAGGUCCAAGGAUUUGUGAUGGAUCAGGAGGGAAAAGUGAUCCACAGGCUUUUUGGAAAAUGGCACGAAGGUCUUUACUGCGGCGUCCCACCGUCUGCCAAAUGCGUCUGGCGGCCAGGCUCCAUGCCGACAGACUACGAGCUGUACUACGGCUUCACCAGAUUCGCCAUCGAACUGAAUGAGCUGUGCCCCGAGCUGAAAGACGCCCUGCCGCGAACGGAUGCUCGAUUCAGGCCCGAUCAAAGAUAUCUGGAGGAAGGGAACGUAGAGAUGGCCGCCUCCGAGAAGCAGCGCAUCGAAGACGCCCAGAGAGCCAGGAGGAAGUGGAACGAGGAGAACAACAUCAAGCACGAGCCGCGCUUCUUUAAGAAAGUGGUGGAUGCCAACCGCAGGGAGAGGUGGGUCUCCAACAACACGUACUGGGAGCUCCGUAAAAACCCCGGCUUCAUCAACAUGGAGCCCACCGUCAGCCUGUGGUAGCACACGGUUAGCACGCGCAUGGCCGCGGGACCAGGAAGCCCUUACCUAUGCACAGCAGGGUGUCGGAAAGAAACACUCGGCAACAUCUGUGUGCACGGACACGAAGGACUGCGGAGCUGAGGGACGACUCGACGCCUCGCUGAGAACGUGGAGGCAUCAUGGGGGGGGGGGGGGGGGCGCCACAUGGCGUUCCCAUCCGUGGAAACAUCCUCAUCCUGCUUGUCGAAGCUGGGUCGCCGCUACUACGUAGAUCUCUCCUCGGCUCUUCUGACUUUCCCCAGUUUGUCCUUGCCUUAAAAAGAACCCCAUACGAGUCAAAGGAUUUAGGCGCCUUUUUAGUUGAAGCCAUUUCGUUUCCAGACAGCAGUUUGGCUUAGACUAGUCUAUGGAGUAGACAUUUUGAAUACCUACCAUACGUGCAUGUUUAGAGAGCAGCUUUCACCGGCGUCAAGCCGUAUUUACUAUAUGAUCAAAUAUUGUAGAGAAAAGAAGAAGGAAAAAAAGAAAAGAAGUAUUUUUAUAAAAAGAGAAAAGAGAAACAUGUUGUGUGAAAGAGAAUUAUUUGAAUUGGCAGAUUUGAUUUAUUUUUUGCUUUUUAAUACUAAUAAAUCUGUUAGAUGGCAGUAUCUUCUCUGGGGAAACGACUCUAGAUUAGCAGGGACGGUAAAAAAGGGAUGGCGUUAUUCAGCGAGUAAACCAAAUGAACACGCAGGCUGUUUUAAGUGGGAAGCCCGUUGCCAGCGGUUCACUCGUCGUAUUUAUUUAUUUUGUUCCCCGUGAAAUCAGCGUUUCGAAAUGACACAGAAAGAUUUGCGUCAGGAUGUGCUGCGAGAGUUACAUGAAGAACGUGUUUUUCCUGUCUUUGAGUGGCGCCGACACGUGGCCCUGCAGAAGCAUUCAUUUCCAGGAAUCCCUCCAGGCUAACCCGUCCCCCCGUUAAAGCCACAAACCUCAACGUCUUUUAUGGGGAUUUUAGGUGACGCACCCACAGAAUGGAGCAUACCUGUGAAAUGGAAGGGGAAACCAAUCAUUUGGUACAUUUGUACAACUAACCCCUCCCCGCCACCACCGUCUUGGUACCUUAUAGAACCCCCUUUCACUUCAGUAGCACCUGCAAGUCUUUUGAGGUAUGCGUCAGACAUCUUUUCAUGUGUAGACACUAAAAUAUUUGGGCUGGAAGCUCAGUCACGUAGGACUGAGAGCGCCUCUGAACAUCAAGUCUAACCUCAGAUUCUUAUUUGGAUACCAUGCAAUCAGUCGAACGUUGUCAUUCAAUGGCUUUUUACUUCAUUUUAUUACCUACCUACGUUGUAGAUACACAGCGAAAAGUACAUAGAAUAACAUAGCAAACAAAGAAAAAUUUAAAUAUCUUUUAUUUUAAUUUUUUUAGCUUGUCACGUGCUUGGCAUUCUCUCCGUUGGUAGUAAUGAGUAAUAAUAAUAAAAAAGAUUGUGGUAAUAAUGUAGUAAUAAGGUAGUAAUAAAUAAUAAAGACAAACCGUUGAGUGAGAAGGGGUGUCCCAGCUGGUAGUGUAGGUCUGGACUUUGACUGGGCCGUUCUGACACAUGAAGAUGUUUUUGAUUGAAACCAAGCCCCAGUCCAGCAGGUUUUCUUCCAUGGCUGCCCUGUAUUUAUCUCCAUCCGUCUUCCCAUCACGUCUCACCAACCUCUGCGUCCCUGCAAUCCUCCACAGCAUCGUGUCGCGGCCACUGUUGGGAAUGCGGCAUCUGAAUGAUGUGCAGCGUCGACUUUCCAGAGUUUACAUGUACAGCAGAAAAGGUACAUUUUAGGUCUCAUCUGGCCAGAGCGCCUUCUUGCACACCUUUGCUGUGUCUUCUGCGUAACUUGUGACAAAACUAUGAACAGGAGUGUCCUUUAAGUUCUCCAAAGGACAGGCUUGCUGCACAGCUCUGCAGCUCCUCCACAGUUACCACGGGUCUCUGCAGCUUUUCUUAUUCUUACUCUCCAUGCCUGGCCUGUCUGGGUAGGUCUGCAGUUAUCUCAAGCUGUUCCUACCUGGGUUGAUGGAUUGAACAGGACUCUGAGGGUUUCUCAGCUUGGGAUAUUGUUUUAUAGCCCAACUCUGCUUUAAAAUUCUCCACAACCUCCUCCCUGAUCCUUCUGCCAAGUUCCUUGGUUUUCAUGCAGCUGGUUGUUCUCUAAUGUUCUCCAACAAACCUCUAAGGCCUUCGCAGUUUAUGCUGAGGCGAGAUACCACAGCUGGAUUCCCAUUUGCUGACAAGGGUUCUUCUGAAGGCAAUUUGUUGUGGUGGAUUUCCUUAAGGGGGUUUCAUAGUAAAGGGGGCUGAAUCGCAUGAAUUCCCAGCAGAAUCCAUCGAUGUUUGUGGCUGUGACGAUGAGGGAAAUAAAUUCAAGGGGUGUGAAUACUUUUCAGAGGCAACCGUUGAUGUUUUGCGGUGAAACAAUUAACGGUUCGUGGA